GAUUAUAAGUAGGUAUUUUAGUAGUCGUUGAUAGGAGAAAUUUUUUUUCUUUAUUAGAAAGAGUUUUUUUAUUUAUUGGUCUUAUCCAAAUUUUCGCAUUGAUCCUUAACUUUCAAUACAAAGCCAAUGAAUAUAAUAUUUAUAUUAAAAACAGAUUAUUUAAAUAUCUUUGGUAAUGCUGUUUUGGCAAACCUAAGCCAGAAAUCACUAAGCAAUAAGCUGAUCUGCAGCAAACAUUUCAGUAAAAAUAUUAGUCAAUCUGAAACAUUAACUACUAUUGCUGUACCAUUCCGUUACAAAAAUGAUGAAGGUUCAGAAAGUGAAUCGGAUAGGGAAAAUUUGGAUGAACAAAUAAUCCAAUUGAAUGUUUCCUCACAUCCACAAACAUAUUCAAAUAGUGAUUUUAUUACCCCGAUUCAUUCCAAAAACAUUGACAUGAUAGAUAGUUCUAUCAGUAACCACGAAGAUGAAGAGUUGAAAGAGUUACAAAACCUUUCAUCUUGUUCUUUGGGAAUUGGAGGUAGGAAGCAGUCAUUGCAAGAAAAUGAACGGUUGAGAAAGAAACUAACCAAUGCUAGGAAAAAAGUCAAUAACCUGAAUACUCAAUUGAGAGCUAAGAAAAAAGGAUUAUGAAAACGCAACUCUCUGCGAACGUUUUGUAAGGAGAAGAAACUCUCACGAAUUUUACAAAAUCUCUUGUGAAUAUGCAAUUACGAUAUAAGAUGAAAUUCCCAUGGUUAUUAUCUGAAAAGAAAACUGCCCUGUCAUUAUUUUAUAAAGGACCUAAGACAUACAGAUAUUUGCGACAAAAAGGGUUUAUUUUUCCAGCAAUAUCAAGAGUAAUAUCAUGGGUUGCCAAUUUCUGUUGCAAACCUGGAUUCAAUAAAAAAAAUUUUAUUCACCUUACUUUAAAGGCGGAUACGAUGCUGCCUUACGAGAAGAAAUGUAUUCUGAUGUUCGACAAAAUGUCUAUUAAGAGGAAUCUUGAGUACAACAUGAAAACAGAUUUAAUUGAGGGUUUCGAAGAUCUGGGCGAGUUUGGAAGAAAGCCUUUCCCUGCCAAUGAAGCUCUAGUUCUCAUGAUCAGAGGAAUCUAUAGCAACUGGAAAAUUCCUAUUGCAUACUUUGUAUCGAAUGAUGGGGUGUCAUAUGCUUCUUUAUGGUGUAUAAUUACCAAGGCAUUGGAAAAACUUAGUGAGACAAAACUAGACACUAUAGGCAUAGUAAGUGAUUUAUCAACUACCAAUCAGAAACUCAUAAAGCAUUUGGGGGUUAACAAAAACCAACCUUAUUUUUUUCAUAAUGAGAAAAGAUAUUAUGCUUUUUUUGAUGCUCCCCAUCUGUUGAAAUGAGUUAGGAACAAUAUUUUUAUAUUUAAUAGGCAGUUCAUAUGUUUUUCGUACAUUCGAAAAGUUUAUGAUCUUGAUAAAAGGAGCAAAACAGGAAAAACCUUAUUGAAACUGAAUGAUAAGCACAUCAAUCCGAAUUUUUUCGAAAAAAUGAAGGUUAAAUUAGCUGCCCAAUUGUUGAGUCACAGUGUUUAUUCUGCCAUAAUGACAUCUUCGGAAACUGGUGAACUUAAUUCAAGUACAGCUAAAAAGAAGGCUAACUUUGUUCUAACCAUGAACAACUUAUUUGAUGCCCUGAAUAGUACACGUUUACAUUCAACAAAACCCUAUAAUCAUGUUCUGAGCGAUACGAAUCCAGAAGUGCCAGCAGCUUUAAGCUCAGGAUAUGAUUUAUUGGAAAAUCUAUACAAAGUUGAAAAAAAGGGGAAUUUGACCAGACCUGAUAGCUUUGAUGGUUUUCUUCUCACCAUUAACUCCGUUAAACAAUUUGUAAGUGAUAAAAAAAUUAUAAUAAUAAUUCAGCAUAACUGAACAACCAAUAUAUUUUGUAUGUUUCUUAUGGUAUAUUCUUUCUGUUUUUUUUUUGGUAAAUCAAUACACAACCUUUUUUAUUAUGUCAACGUUUCGGUAACGAUGAUCCAGCUACCGUUAUGAAGAAUAAUGUUUUAUAAAAUUGUUGGCCCCUAGCUGACAUUAAUGAAAAAAUUCGAAAACUAGAACAUCAAUAAUAUUAUAUAUAAUAAGAUGGUUUAAGACUGAUGCAAAAAAUUGUACAUUUUUCAAGGUCCAUUCACAUUAGAUUAUAUUUUCGAUAAAAGGUGAAUAUUGAAAUAUUUGUGUGGAUUGUGGUUUAAUUUCCAAUAUUCAACAACAAAAAGAAUAAUGAAUAACCAAUCAUAAUCAAUGUUUUUAUUUAUAGUAGGUGUUUCAAUAGUAAAUGUGUUUACUUGACCCAAGAAUAUCUAGAGGUCAUCGCGAGUAGAUUCUACAUGUACUACAUUUUUGGGGUUUUACAUUUUUCUUAACGGAGAUUCAGGUUGUUUAGUGGAUUUUGUCCAUUUCUUUCUGUGGUCAAAAUUAAGAGCUACUUUGUAUAUAUUGUCUUGAUAACACAUAGUCCAAAUGGAUCGGGUACUGGUUAUAAAAAAUAAUUUCCAGAAAACAAAAAUAUUAGAAUUUGAAUAAUGUUCCGAAGCAACAGUAUCAUACUUUUUAACAAACAUUUUUGAAAUUUGAAAAAGUUUUAAAAUUACAAUAAAUUUACUCAAAUUGUUGGUCAUUCGAUUUUCCCACUAAUAGGAAUAUAUACAGGACCGUACUACUUGUAGUUUCUGAUAAUUUUUUCAAACGCUCUGUCUAUGAUUAUAAUUUUAUAUGAACAAUUUCAUAAAAAGUGUAGUUAUUAUUGUUACUUAAUUAAAUAUUUCUUUUCGAUAUUUUCUAAUAAAUUCAUUUACUAAAA